UUCCCACACUCUCUGGUACUCACACACCGGGCUGCGGCUGCGGCUGAGGUGGGAGAAAAAGUCCUGGCUUGGAGACUUGAGCAGUAAAAGCGAUCCCGAUGGGUCCUCGGAAAGCUUUUCGCUUCUCCCCUUUUCUCCUGUGGAGUCAAAGUAGAGGGGUGCGGCUGGUGUUCUUGUUACUCACCCUGCACCUGGGAAACUGUGUUGAUAAAGCAGAUGACGAAGAUGAUGAGGAUUUAACAGUCAACAAAACUUGGGUUUUGGCACCAAAGAUUCAUGAAGGAGAUGUAACACAAAUUCUCAAUUCCUUGCUUCAAGGCUAUGACAAUAAACUUCGCCCAGAUAUAGGAGUGAGGCCCACAGUAAUUGAAACCGAUGUUUAUGUGAACAGCAUUGGACCAGUUGAUCCCAUAAAUAUGGAAUACACAAUUGACAUAAUUUUUGCACAAACCUGGUUUGAUAGUCGUUUAAAAUUCAACAGUACCAUGAAAGUGCUUAUGCUUAAUAGUAAUAUGGUUGGGAAAAUUUGGAUUCCUGACACUUUCUUCAGAAACUCAAGAAAAUCAGAUGCUCAUUGGAUAACAACUCCCAAUCGUCUGCUUCGAAUUUGGAAUGAUGGGCGAGUUCUAUACACUUUACGGUUGACAAUUAAUGCAGAAUGUUAUCUUCAGCUUCAUAACUUCCCUAUGGAUGAACACUCCUGCCCACUGGAAUUUUCAAGCUAUGGAUACCCUAAAAAUGAAAUUGAGUAUAAGUGGAAAAAGCCUUCUGUAGAAGUAGCUGAUCCUAAAUAUUGGAGAUUAUAUCAGUUUGCAUUUGUAGGUUUGCGGAACUCAACUGAAAUUUGCCACACAAUCUCUGGGGAUUAUGUUAUCAUGACAAUUUUCUUUGACCUGAGCAGACGAAUGGGAUAUUUCACUAUUCAGACCUACAUUCCAUGUAUUCUGACGGUUGUUCUUUCCUGGGUGUCUUUUUGGAUCAAUAAAGAUGCAGUGCCUGCAAGAACCUCACUGGGCAUCACUACAGUUCUGACAAUGACUACUCUGAGUACAAUAGCCAGGAAGUCGCUACCUAAGGUUUCCUAUGUGACUGCCAUGGACCUCUUCGUUUCUGUGUGUUUCAUUUUUGUCUUCGCAGCCUUGAUGGAAUACGGCACCUUGCAUUAUUUUACCAGCAACAAGAAAGUAAAGACAGCUAGAGACAGAAAGAUAAAAAGCAAAGCCUCGAUAUCCCCUGGACUCCACCCUGGGUCCACUCUGAUCCCAAUGAACAGCAUCUCUCUUCCACAAGGAGAAGAUGACUACGGGUAUCAGUGUUUGGAGGGCAAAGACUGUGCCAGCUUCUUCUGCUGCUUUGAGGACUGCAAAACAGGGUCAUGGAGGGAAGGGAGGAUCCACAUACGCAUUGCCAAAAUUGAUUCCUAUUCACGAAUAUUCUUCCCAACCGCUUUUGCUCUGUUCAAUCUGGUUUAUUGGGUUGGGUAUCUCUACUUAUAAGUUCUACUUACUAAGAAAAAUCACAAGAAGUUUGACUAAAUCUGAUAUAAUCUACUGUACUUCAGUAAUGUGAAGUUUAAAUUUAAAAUUCACAGAAACCAAUGACUAAAAUGUGAAUAAUAUAAGCAUUUUAAGGCUUUCAUGGGAAAGUAAAGUAGAAGUUUGCAUAUUAACUUAAAUUUAUGAGAUUACUUGUAAAAUUCAUCCAAUUAGUAACUAUCAUUAUAUAUUUCUACUUGAAUUUUAUUUAUUUUACUUAUAUCACAUUAGGACUUUGAAAUAAAUUUCUUGACUUGUAUUUUAAAGGUGGAGUAAUUUUAAUACAUAUUUUAUUUAAAUAUAAUUUCUCUCUCUAUAUAUAGAUCGAUAGAUAGAUAGAUACCCCUAAUCCAAUGCCUAAUACUUAUAUAGAAAUUUUUACCUAGGAAAUAUUGAUAAUUGGAUUUUUCUUGCUUUUUAUUUACAUGCCUUGUUUAGAAUACAGGUAGUUAAAAGCCUAAAGCCAUGAUUUCCUGGGAUUCAUUUUGAAGAUCUUUUAUUCCCAGAAAUUAGUAAUUUUAAAUUCCUUAUUAAUUAAAGAAGAUAACACCAAUUUUUACAUUAUUAAGAGGCCAAUUUGAUCUGUAUUUUAAUCAAGUCUGUUUCCUGACACAAUAUUAAAUAGAACUGACUACAUUUAGUUUUCUAAAAGUUACAUUUAUUGGGGUGACAUGGGUUAAUGAGAUUAUAUAGUUUUUUGAUAAUUUAUGAACUAGGAUGGAAACCACUAAUGCCAUCUUUUUAAAAUACAAGUUUAAAGAAUAAUAAGAAUGUUCCAUUUAGCCACUUUAUUCUCUGUUUCACUGCAUUUAUGUCAUAUGAAGAAGUUAACCCUGAAAUAUUUAGCUCUGCCAAUACUGAUGUUAAAUGAAUAGAGAAUUGAAUUUUCUUGGAUGUUCUACGAAAGUGUUUCAUUCCUUACAUUAACGAAAACACUGAGGAACAGUAGUGCUUCAUGGUUAAAGAAAUUAUUUCCUAGGAAACGGAGUGACAGUUCAUACUGAGAGUAUGGUAGUUAAAUAUGAACUAUCAACAUUGUUCAGACUAGAAAUGUUCUAGAGACAGUUUUAGGCAUUUGCCAUAUGUUGCCUUUUCUAUCUCCUAAGUUUGGACCCUAUCAGUUUUACGACUUCAUCAUAAAUCGUUGUGAUGUUCUGUUCUCUAGGAAGUGCUGGCAGGUCCUGAAGUCACACUAACGAUGACGUACAUCCACCUUGGAUGGACAUGAGUGUGGGGACUCUCCACAUUGUUAAAGACAGGAGCAGUGCCAGCUUCACUGCAAUGUAAAGCCUGUUGUUGAAUAGUUUCCAAGAUGUAUCUUUUGUUAAGAGGGAGUUAAAUUUAGGCUUAAAUCAUUAUAUUCUUGUAACCACUUUGGUAUAUCAAUUGUUUCUAAGAAACCCAUAUUCAUUCAUUGUCACCUAAUUUUCUAGAAAAUCUCCAGAGUGAUAUUGGAGAUAAAAUGUAAAAUUGUUUCCAUUGCCAAGAACAACUAUCAGGAUGAUGUUUUUUGAUAAAGGCCUAUUUUAUGUUACGCAGAUGAAGCUAUUGCCUGUGCAUUUAACACUCUAGUUUUAAUACAAUAAUCUGUUCACACGGGUAGUGAAUACGUGAGUGAGGGUCUGGCAUGCUUGUAUGUAUAUUUAUGGAACAUAGUUUUUUAAAAAUCUAAGUGUAUUUCUUUGUGUGCUCCCCACCUAUGUCUGAAUUUUUUACUAUGCUUAUGAGCCUCUGAAAAAAUUAAGCAUACAUUGAACAAUAAUGCCCUAAUAUCCACCGACACUGCUUUCUUUGAAUGGAGAGCCAAAGUAAACUUUGGCCAUGUAAUAUAUUCAUUUGCAAAUCAUUCAUGCACUCAUUUUAUAAUAUUGAGUAUUAAUAGACAUUCUUAAUGUGAACAUUAAUUUUUGGAUAAAUGAAAAAUGAAGCACCCAUGAAGAAUAAAACACUUCACUAAAAUGUAUUAUAUCUAUUUCCAUAACACAUUUCAAAGGGAAUGCAAUUUUAAGCUAUCAGCAGCUGAUUAUCAUGGGGACAAAGCUAAUUCUGGGAUGCUUUCAAGUCUGUCUAAGCAUGACUACAUUUGAAAAGUACUUAAAAGGGCUUAGUGUAAAUAUUUUUUAUUUUCUCACUGGUGUUCCAUUGACCUGGCUUUAAAUGUUGGCAAUAUUUACAAGUGGAAAUAAAAGUGAUAAAAAAUAAAAGAUGUUUUUCUAUAUACAUUCAUUGUAUAUACCAUCAAAGCAACAGCUUUGCCUCAAAGUCAGUGGUAUUUUGAGCAGUUUUGUUUAAAUACGUAGAUAAGAAAUAGAAUAUAUAAAUAUUAUUUCUAAAAAUUAGAAUAAAAAGGCAAAAGUGCAGUCUGACUCUUUUUAUAAGAAAUAAGGUAAAUCUUAUUUUCUAAGGGAAUGCAGGAGAAUCACUGGUCUUCUCUUCUUUAACAAAGGUUGCUGUCUUGAGAAUUGAUUUUUAAAAACCCUUCUCUUUCUCCAGUGAGUUAUGCCUUAAUUUGUUGGAUUCUGGAACUUGUGUUUCCUAGUUGCUUUAAAUGUUUUUAACACUAAUCUAAACAAGUGUACACAGGGAAUGUGUGAAGGACAAUUGUUGCUGAAAGAUGUAGAAUCAUUUAGAAAAAUGUUAAUUCAUAUAGACCAUUCUCUAACUAAGUGAUCAAGACACAGAAGUUCUGAGAAAGGAUGUUAUGAUUUGUAUAACUUUGAUCUCUUGGACUUACAGUUGCAUGAUAAAACUUUAUUCAUUUUCAAUUGCAUAGAUAAACUUAGGCUCAUUUGAAACUAAUUUCUAAAAUACCAAAUAGUUUCUGAAAAACAACCUUAAGAUUAUCUGAGAAUUUAUUAGGGAAAGGGAAAAAUUCCUCAAUAAAUUUAUUUAACUAUGAAGCUUUAAUUUAAGAAUCAGACAAUUCAUUAGAUUGAUUUUAAGUUAAAGACAGAUAUCUUCAGGUAUUUUAAAAACUGAUUAUUACUAGGUUAAAGCACAGUAAAUUUGUGUAAAUAAGUGGACAAUCACCAGGUUUUCUUUUUCUUCUUUAAUGUGUUCCCAUAUUCUGAAGUCCACAUAUAGUCAUAAAAUAUGCUGUGUUUUUGCUUAAGAGCAAGGCCAAAGCUGAGGACAGCAUGCUUGCCAAUGAUUUAUCAUCACAAAAAAAUGGAUGAUAAUACUUUCAUAUUGAGGGACCCAUAAUUAUAAACUUAUAUUCCAAGUCAUAUGUUGUAACAAGAUGCAUAAUGUACUGUGAUUAUACAAGAGGAGGUUUACUAAUAAAUACACAUAUAUAAAAUUACCAAAGUUCUAUACCAAUGACUAUUUUCACUUGCAAAAUUUCCUAUAACAAGAUACCAAAUUUGCAACUAUUUCAUCAAUCAUGGUGCUGGAGUUGAAGUGAUCUAUUAGAAGUUUAAUGAUUUAGCACUUGUCCCACCCAAAACAUUUUGAUAAUAAUUUCUGAUCAAGAUAUUUCUCUUUACAUCAUCAGGUUCCUCUCAUUCCUCAAUGCUACGCCAUGUGAGGCCCAGACAUGUUUGCUAUUAUGCGUCUGUUGGACCUCAUUGUUUUUCACUGCAAGGAAGCCCCUGACAGGCCACUCUAAAGUCACAGAAACCUUUGCCAUUUCUCUAUAAAAGCAAAUUAAAUGACACUGAAACAGACAAACAAAAAAAUCUUUUCAACUGGAGUUGCCUAACACUAUUGACCACAUUGCUCUAGUAGAUACAAGGUCAGUCCUGCCUCUUUUGUGUUUGCAUUUUAAAAGUCACAUAACUUAAUUCAUAUAUUAUGCACUUAUUAUGCAUAAGAUACAUGGAUACAAUAGGGAAUACACAAAGAUGAACUCUCAAGGAAAAUACAGUCAGAUGACUCGUUAUACAAUUUAAGGGAGAGAGGUAACACUGGGAAAGUCUCUUGGAAGGUAUGUGUUCAGAGAUGGGAGCCUGAGAUUCCACAUGUCAACAGGUGAGCCUAACAGAUAUCGCACUCUGCUGUGAAGUGAAAACCUUGAAUAAAGAAGCAGAAACAUGGGCUCAAUUAUAAAUUUCAUUUUAAUUGAAGUUUGAGAUUCAUAUAGAGAUGAUCCAAUAUGAUACUAAAAAGAUAGUUUGAGUCUUAUGGUACAGAGGCAAGAAUAUGAACUUCAGGAGGCUGGGUAAGGCUAUAACUUUGAAGAGUUCAUGAAGAUGCUUAAGUACAAUAGAGCCAUUUUUAAGGCUACAGAAGUUUCAUCUUCUUAGUGUGUGAUGUUUGGAGUAAGAAAAGCCAGUUAAGAAGCUAUUAUGAUAUAGGAGGUGAGAGAAGAUGAAGGUCAGUACUCUGGUGAUAGAAGGUCAACAGAGAAGAAGAAGAGAGAGCCCCUGAACAAGAAAGUACAGGUGACAUACAUGAAACUGUGAUGAAGAGAAAACAUUUACUGAGUGACAUGGAGUGUGUGACAGGGGACACGGUCCUGUAUCGAUAGUAGAUAUUUAUGUAUACACAGAUACUAGAACAUGACGAAGAAAUUCUGAGUGUAUUACAAACUUUUCUGCUAUUACUUUGAACAUUUUCAAACAAAUGCUUAUUUUUUUCUAUGCAUCUUUGCCUUCCCCACAUUAGAAGUGAAGAAAACGAAUAACAUCCCAAAGUACAAAUAAUAAGGUAGUUCUGUCCAGGUUAUUAUUUUUGAAUGAAUAUGUUACUUACUAAAGAGGGCUUUCUUAUCAAAUAACUAACUUUUUAUUCUUUCUAACUGAGGGGGGAUGUACUUGGACAAAGAGAGGAAAGGAAGGGAACUGUGAAUAGAAAUAGGAGGCUACAGAACCAGACAAAUUCUGGAAGUUGAUUUCUGAUUCUCAAACAAUUUCUACAAUAUUUGUUGCAAAAUAAAUAUGUUAUUUUUUUAUUAUUGGACAGUGAAAUGUACCUUGAACCUUAGUGUCUGUAAAUAAGUGAGAAGAGCCUGUGUUAACUGCAGUGCAGCUAAGCAGAAAUGGCUAAUCAACACACUUUUAUGACAUGGUUCACCUAAAUGGAAAUAGGUUGGGUCUUCAUAAAUCACUGUAAUCAGUUGUUUGCAUCUAUUAAGUGUAUGUAGUUGGUCCAUACAAUAAAGUUUAA